AUGUGGUAUUUGUUUGUUGGGUUUUGGAGGUGGGGGGGGGGUGAUGGUGUGGUGGUGGGUGGGUUGGGAUUGUGUGGAUUAGGGGGGUGGUGGAGGUGGUGGGAGGUGUGUGGGGGGUUUGGUUGUGGGUGUGUGUGGGGGUGGUUAGAUGUUGUUUGUUUUUAUAGUGGGUGGGGGGUGGGGAGGGUGUGUUUGGGGAGUUUGUGGUGGGUUUUGUUUGUGAGGUUGGGUGUUGUGGUUAGGGUUUUUGUAUGUAUGGAUUAUGGGGGGGGGUGUGUGGUUAGGGGUGUUUUUGGUUGUGGUUGGGUGGUUUUGGGUUGGGUUUUGUGUUUUUUGUGUUUUGUGAAGGGGGGGGUUGUUUUUGUUGGGAGUUUUGUUUUGGGGUGUUGUUGGUUUAUGUGUUGUUUGGGGGGUAGGGGGUUGGUUGGUGGUGGGGGGGUGUUGGGGGGGUGGUUUGGGGGUUGGGGGUGGGUGGUUGGGAUUUUGUUUUUUGGGGGGUUGUGGGGUGGGGGUUUUGGUGUUUUGUUUUGUUUGUUAUUGAGGAUUGUUUUUUAUUGUGGGUGUUUGUGUGUUUUGUUGGGGUGGUGGGGUGGUGGUGAGUGGGGGUUUGGUGUUGGGGGGGGUGUGGGGUGUUGGGUGUUGGGUUUUUGUGGUUGUUUUUUGUUGGGGGGUUGUAUGUGGUGGGGUUGUUGUUGGUGGUUGUGGAGUGUGUGGGUUGUGUGGGGUUUGUGGUUGUGGUGUUGGUGGUUUGGUGUUGGGUUGUGUGGGAUUGGUUUGGGGAGGUUUGGUGUUUUGAUAUUUUGUGGGUUUGGGUUGGUUGGUUGGUGUUGGGGGUUGGGGGGGGGAGGUGGUGGUGGUAGGUGUUGGGGGUUUUGGGGGGGGGAGGUGGGGGGGGGGGUGGGUGGGGGGGGUUGGUGGGGUGGGGGGGGGGGUGGGUGGGGGGGGGGUGUGGGGGUGGGGUGUUGUGGGUGGGGGGGGGGGUUGUGGGGGGGGGGGGGUGUUUGGUGUGAGUUAGUGGUGUGUGGUGGUUUGGGGGUGGUUGUUUGGAUUGGGGGGGUGGUUUGGGGGUGUGUGGGGGUGGGGGGGUGUUUUUGUGUUGGGUGGGGGGUUUGUGUUGGGUUGGUGUGGGGAGUUGGUGAUGAGGGUUUUUUGGAUGUUGUUUUGGGGGGGGUGUGUUUUUUUUGGUUUUGUUGUUUGGGGUUUGGGUGGGGGUGUGGGUGGAUUUGGGGAUGUGUUUUUGUGUUAGGGUUGGUUGGGUGUUUAGGGUGUUGUUUGUUGAUUGGUUGUGGGGUGGUUGGGUGUGGUUGGGGGUUAGUGGGGUUUUGUGGGGGUGGGGGUGGGGGUGGGGGUGGUUUUUGUGGUUGGGGGGUUGGGGGGGUGGUGGGGGGGGGGGUGGGUGUUGGUUGGGGGUGUGGGUUGGGAGUGGGUGGGGUUGAGUUGGGUGUGUUGGGGUGUGUUGUUGUGUUGGUUGGGGUUUUGGGGGGUGGUUGGGUGUGGUUGGUUGGUUGUUUGGGUUGGGUGUGGUGUUGGGGGGGGUGGGGGGGGUGUUUUUGGUGGGUUGGGGUGGGGUAUAGUUAUUUUGGGGUGUGGUGGUGUUUUGUGUGGGUUGAUUUUGGUUUUGAGUAUUUGUGUUUGUGGUGUUGGUGUGGUGGUGGGGUUGGAUUGGAUGUGUGGGUUUGUUUUUGGGGGUUUGGGGUGGUGGGUUUGGUUUUGGUUUUAGUUGGGGGGUUGUUUAUGGUUUAUAUUGUUGUUGGUGUGGUUUGUGGAUUGGUGUGGUGUGUGGGUGGUUGUGUAGUGGGGUGGGUUGUUGUUGUAGAUUUUUGUGUGGGGUAUGGGUGGGAUGUGGAUGUGGUGUUGGUUUGUAUAUAUUGUGGGGUAGUUGAUAAGAGUAUUGGGGGUUUUGUAUGGUGGGUGUAUGGAGGGGUUGGGGAUUGUUUUUUUGGGGGGGGGGUGUGGGUGGGGGGUGAUGUGGGUGGGGUUGUGGGUAGGGGUUGGGUUGGGGGUGGUGUGGGUGGUGGUAUUUUGGUUGGUUGUAGUGUGGGUUUUUAUGGGUUAUAG